CUAUGGGACAAUAUAUAAUAUAGUGCAUGCAGGACAAUGAUUGCUCUCUCGUUGAAAGAUAAGGAACUGAAAGUGCUUUCAACCACGCAGUACUGGGCUGGUCGCAGUCAAGCUAGGACACACCACAUACGCCACAGAGACGCACCGCGUUGUGUUAUUCUGCAGCAAGUGUGUGACGUGUGAGGUGUGAUGGGUGAGUGUGUGCAGCAGCUGCCCCUCCCGUGCCUCGAGCUGGGCGAGGGGCCUCACUGGGUGGAGCAGCAGCAGGCUCUCCUCGUGGUGGACGUCAAGAACAAGACGCUCAUAAAACAUUACUUCAAUUCGGGAAGGACUCAAAACCUCCAUAUUGAUGGCGUAAGGGAGGAUGUAGUUGUGACCAUGGCCAUCCCGGUGGAGGGGGAAGAGGACCUGUGGGUGGUGGGACUCGGCAACACUCUCUCGGUGGUACGUUGGGCUGAAUCAGACCCGGACGACCACACUGCCAAGGCUACGAUCAUCCACGCCACGAACGACUACCAGUUUAAUGACGCCAAGUGUGAUCCUCAGGGACGGCUGUGGAUAGGUACCAUGUCAAAAUUAGACGACCAGCUGGAUCCCAUCAACCCCAAGUCGUGCUUCCUCUACAAGUACGACAAUCAGCUUGACCUCACCACCUGGGCCAAGGAUGCAACGCUCUCAAAUGGCAUGGCUUGGAGCAGCGACAAGAAACACUUUUACUUUGCUGACUCCUUCGACCGCUGCGUCUACCACUUCGAUUACGACGACGCCGAGGGAACCGUCAGUGGACAGCGUGUUCUGCUGGAUUUUGAGACUGCAGGGCUGACAGGAGUGCCUGACGGGAUGACUAUUGACCAAGAUGACAAUCUGUGGCUCGCCUGCUUCUCUGCUAGCAAGGUGGUGUGUGUGGACCCAAUGCAGCAGAAGGUGGUGAGGAGUGUGCCAGUGCCAGCCAAGAGUGUCACCUCGGUGUGCUGGGGCGGCAAGGACUAUGGCACCCUGUACGUCACCUCUGGCACCAUCAAGAUGACCGAGGAGGAGCGUGCUGCCUUGCCCUCAGCUGGCGGCACCUUCGCUGUCACUGGUCUGGGCACUCGCGGGAGGCCACCUAUGACCUUCAAGCCUGACCUGACCAAGCUAAGAGCCAAGCUGACCCAGUAGGGCACACACUCCACAGUUAUACUGCAGAAUGUGGGUUUUUUCUGUUAGUUAAGAAUCAAAGCCUGUUUAGGUGAAAUAUUGGAGUAAAUUUGGAAAUGUAUCUCAAUACAAGUGAAAAUAAAAACCUUUUUUUUUUGUCUCAUACAGA